CAUCAUUCUGACCUUCAACUGUGAGGCAUUUGUUCAACGUCUCUGAAUGCAUUGAAUCUGGUCAGAAAACACAAUAUUGAACCUCAAUCACGCAGGCACCAUGGAAGCAUCAAGUACUCUGAGAGUGGGGAGGUCAGAGGAUGAUGAUUGGACCAAAGUGAAGGAUGGUGCCGAACGGAAGAAAAUCCAGAAUCGAUUGGCUCAAAGAAUCCACAGAAAGAAGUAUGGUCGAAAGAAGAAGAGCCAGCUGCCGAAUCCACGUGAUGAGAGUAUCGACACAGUCUCAAGCUCGACAAGCCAGAGUACUCAUUCGAGCGGCUCUGCUGGCACUACCGACCAAACAAGCUCAGAAAUUGACAUUACUCUCCUUGAGGAAGUUGGCUUCUCCACCUUGGACGAAACUGACAAUUCUCCACCUGAUUCUUCAAGAGGUUCAAGCUCUUCAGGAGGUUCAAGUGUCACGGAUCCCAACGUAUCAAGGAGCCUAGAAAUAUCAAACUCCUUCCCAACCCCCAAAACCCCCUCCCCACUCACAGACACAAACUUCCUCGUCCUCCAAACAACACACACCAUAACCGCCAUGCUAUUCAACGCCUCCCUCCUCAACAUAGCCUGCAGCAACGUCCGCGGCCGCUCAAUCUUCAUCCCCACCACGCUCGCCACUCCUUCAUCUCUCGCUCCCACACCCCUUCAACUGACGCUUCCCCACUGGCCCUACAUCGACAUCAUCCCUCUCCCAGCUCUGAGGAAUAAAUUACUGCAAGCACACGAGCUGAUCGACCCGAGAGAUAUCUGGCAGGAUUUCAUUAAUGGGGAGGUGAAGGUGUGGGGAAGUCAGAGUUGGGAUGAGAGGGGGUGGGAGAUUACCGAGGGGUUUGCGGUUAAGUGGUGGUUUUUGAUGGAUGAGGAUGUUCUUGGGACGACUAAUUUUUGGAGAGCAGCGAGGGGCGAGAAGGGAUUGGAUGCUAAGGGGUUGAGGAAUAGGAUUGGGCAGGUCGUUGGAGUGGCUUGAUGUUAGGUUGUUCAGGGGCAAUACUAGAGAGAAGCGAUGUUUGCAGUCAUGAUUGAUUCAUUCGUAGGGUCAUGGAGCUAUCAAUAAAUAUAUACAAACUCAUCAUUCUGACGAUCCGUCAAAUCAAAGCAUCGUGGAUGAUGGCUGCUUUCCCAUUUGCCACUCUCUUUCUGGACUGCAUUUUAUUCAGAACCAUCAAGUUCGCAAGCUGAAGCAGG